CGCAAGCGCUGCAAUUCACCUGGGUGAUAGCAUCGAAAUUGCACUCCUCACCUUUCUUUGAUAUCUUCUCUAAGUGAGCAUUUAGAGAUAUUGAAGAUGGAGCAUCCUCAAAAGUCUAGAGGAGAAAAGUGGUUGCGAGAUGAACACAAUCGAAGAUUUAGCAAUUGGUUACAAGAAAGGGUACAAGUUGAGCUCAAUAGUCCCAAUAAUGGUAUAUCAGAAACUCUAAGGAUGCAUUAACUGAUGAUAUUGGAGAAGGAAAUAUGUCGGCGAUUGGCAAGAAUGACAUUCUAACACAAGCUUUGGAGACGCCUGAACAAGGUGGACAUGUUAGAGGUGUUGGAGCAUGUGUUACCCAUAAGGCGUACUUUAGUACUCCUAGACCUCAAGCUGCAAGUAAAACGCAGAUCUUAGAACAACAGGUGGAAGUGUUGAAGACACAACUCAACAUGUUUGCUUCAUUAUUAGAUCCUGAAAAGCUUGAUCCAACUAAAUUGAACAAGAUGAGAAACCUAUUUCUAUCAAAUAGUGCAUCUGAAAAUGCUUGUUGCUCACUAGACCAGAAGAGAACUCAAUUUCCUAAAGAGAAUGCGACACCCAAGCAUGAAAAGAAAAAGACACCAGAUCUACGUCGAAAAGUAAGUGGCGUGCAAUAUCCAAUUGAAAGUAGCAAAGAGAGAAAGAAGGUACGCUCGUAUGAGGGGGGGCUGGUGAAUGAUGACCGAAGAACAAAAGAUGAAGCCAUGUAUUCAACACAAGUGAGACCAAAAUGCAAGAUCGCGCUUAACAACAAAGACAACAUUGUUGCUUUAGGAACUAUUAUAAUGUUGGAUGGGCCACUACAUGGUGUACCACUUUGGGCAGAAAAUAUACGUAUCUCCAUUGAAGAGGCUAUCAAGGAAGAUGCGUACCUUCCAAUUCCAAAUAUUCCAGGUGACAUCUUCACAGUAAAGAAUGCCAUUGGCACACACGUUGCUUGGCCUAGACAUCUUGUUUUAGUAUCACCUGAAGAGGAUAUAAUGGGAUCUGAAAAUCUGGAUCUAUCUAAAAUGAACAAGAUGGCAAACCUAUUUCCAUCUAAUAGUGCAUCUCAAAAAGUUAGUUGCUCACUGGAAAAGAAGAGAACUCGAUUUCCUAAGGAGGAUGUGGCACCCAAGCAAAAGACUCAAGAACCACGUCUAAAAAUGGGUGAUAUUCCAUACCCAAAUGAAAGUAACAAAGAGAGUCAGAUGGGAUGCUCAUAUGAGCGGGGGCUAGUGAGCGAUGAUGCAGAAACAAAAGAUGAUGACGUGUAUUCAACCCCAGUUAGACCAAAUGUUGUUAAGAAGGAAAUAACGAGAUCCAAAAAUAUGGAUCCAACUAAAUUGAACAAGGUGAGAAAUCUAUUUCCAUGUAAUAGUGCAUCCGAGCACCCAAGCAAUGUGGCACCCAAGCAGAAUGUGGCACCCAAGCACGAGAAUAAAAGGACUCAAGAAGUACGUCUAAAAAUGGGUGAUAUUCAACACCCAAAUGUGAGCACCAAAGGGAGCAAGUGUCAAAUGAAGAGGCAUCUUUGGACAGUAUUGCAACAAAAGAACAAGGGUCACUUGUAUGGAUUUGUUGAUCCAAGUCACAUCUCUCAAUCAACUGGAAAAAUUGAGGCUAGAUCAAAUGCAUUAUCACAUAGAUUUGAAUCUGCCCAAUUAGACCAAUUAUUUUUUGCUCCUUAUAAUACAGGGAAUCAUUGGUUACUGGUUUUUAUCAACCCUUUUGCGGCAUUGGUGUAUUACCUUGACCCGUUGAGUNACGAUUCAUUGGUGUAUUACCUUGACCCGUUGAGUGACAUGAAUGUCAAUCUUGGAAUGAAGAAUGUUAUCGAAAUUGCCAUGAAGAUAUUUUAUGCUCAAAAAGGUGUAAAUAGUCGUAAAAAAGUACAUUGGCAAGUCAUUCAGUGUCCUAGUCAAGCAAGAGUUGAAGAGUCUGGAUAUUACAUCAUGAAAUACAUGAAAGAUAUCAUUGGAACUUCAAUCAUUACAAUUAAAGAUAAGUUCAACGAAAAAGAUUCAUACACUCAAGCAGAGAUUGAUGAAGUUCGAGUAGAGUGGGCAGAAGUGGUUGACUCAUAUAUCCAAGCAAAUGAAGUCUAAUAAAAUCACCAUAAAUAGGACUAAAACAU